AGUAAAUCAAUGGCGUGCCCUUUUGCUCUGACAGUCAUGGAAGCUGAAUGAUACAGGUGAACCACAGUAAGGGAACAAGGGAGAUGGAAAUGAGGAGAUUUUUCAGAGCGCAGCGCUACAGCGAUGAAGAUGGCAGUCAGAUCCAGUACCUGACAGCUAAGUGUAACCGCCUGACACAUGAAAAAGGUAGGUAUUGGUAGUUAUUGGAUCACUAUGGGACUGUAGGAUUUACAGAUCAACUGCUUUGGAUUAUUAGUCUGUUGGCUAUUCACUCAAAGAAGAAUCUGCCUGUCAUUGAGCAAUGUAUUGUAAUGUACUGUACACUAAAGCUUGUCACCAUCAUAAUCAAUUGCAAAAUAGAUAAAGUGUAGUUCUACAAGAAGAACAGCAAUACGCUAACAGAGUUAGCUAUUCUCAGGGUGCAUGAUGUCAUGAUUUCACUGUUUCUAGUUAAGCCAUAUAAUGGACACCAAGGAUUUUACAGGGUUCAAAGUCCAAACCUACUGGACAGUGACUGAGAGAAUCAUUUGAAUAGGUAAGGGAAAGUUGUCCUCUGAUGUGGGGACAAUAUAACCAUUCCAGUCACAGGGCUGUUGUCUUAUUUUGGUACAGCAGUGCUGGAGAGGGAAUGCCUGGGGGCCAGGGCGAGAGAGAGGAGCCUGCAGAAUGAGCUGGAGGCUCUGUCCACACAGCUCUGCCAAAUGGAGAAGGUCAACAUAGAUUUGAUGUUCAAACACGACCAACUGCUCGGCAGGGUCCAUCAUGAACAGGUACUGAUGUCUUGUUUCCAUUUUUUCACUGGUUAACCACAGAAGGCUCUUCUCAUUCUCUGAAGCUGUGUACCUACAGUAUAAUUACAGUGUACGUGCUAAUGUAAUAUUGUGUAAUUGCAUGGAUUAGAAGUCAUACAAUUUUCUGUAUCUUUCUAAUGGUCUACCUUCAAUUGGCAGCAUGUAGAAUCUCAAUGCAAAAAAACUCAAUACAUUCCAUUGCUAGUGAAGCUAAACAAAAUUGCCUUGACACAUUCCUGUCAAAACCUAAUUAUGUUAAACUAUUCUCAAGUAUGGGCUUGCUAGCCACAUUUAUCUAUAGGUGUUUUUGUAAAAGACUCCUCUCGUAACAUCUCCAGAGUUUGUCAAGUGGAUGACAUGAAUACUAACAGUAUAAUAGAGGGAAUGUCAUGAAUAUUCCUCCCAUUUCUGAGAGAAGUCUUACAAUAGCAUGUGUUGAAUACAGACAGUAUCUGUUGUGUUCUUGUGUACACCUUUGUGUUUCUGUCUGUGUGGACUAUGUGGCCCUCAUCAAGGAUCUGGUUGUGUUCUUGCAGCAACGGGUGCAUCUUGUGGUGGAGGAGAGCUCCAGAGACGCUGCGCUGCUGGGCCUACAGCUGGAACAGGUCAACUCGGAGCUACUGCAUCUGCAGAGUUCUGAGGUGCAGCUGGAAGGCCUGGUGGAGGAGCUGCACACUGAGGACCUGCAGAGUGCUGCAUUGACGGAGGGCCUUCAGGCGCAGCUGCACAGGUAGGCCUACUGCCCUGCACUGUGGGAAAGAGCAAGUAAAUGGCACUGUUGUGUGUGUGUUUAAAACCUAAGACAUACUUUUUUUUUUAAAUGGCUGCAGUAUUUAGCUAUGUGGUUUAUCCAGCUGUACAAAUUGACAUACUGUAAAAGUAAAGCCAGUCCAGAUAAGGGCGUGCACUAAGUAAAUAAACAUAAAAAUUAAUGAAACUCCUAACUUUUGAUUACCAUCUCCUACAAACACAAGCCAAGUGAAACUGUCCCAACUGUUUUAAAAACACGUCGAACAGAUCUCCAACUAGUCAGGUUGUCACACGUCAAAUAAAAACAGUUUGGAUUUGUGAUUUUAAGUCAGCAAAAACACACGCGCCCUUAAGCAUGCUGUGCUAUAAUUUGCUGACUUUGAAUCCCCAGUUUGGAAAAUUGGCUGACAGUCAGAAUACGUUAUCACAUCAUGAUUCCAGGGGUAGAAUUGCGCUAGGGGUAUGAUAGAGAAAGGGGAGUUUCACAUGAGCUCAGCUCAAACCCUCAAGCUGAAAUUCAUCAUUUGCCUGUGAAAGAUAAACUGGGGAAUCAUAGAGAGACUUUCUAAGUACGUUUUCAUGAUUGAUAGUACACGAAAAUGACAUCACCAGGGGGUUACAUGUUGGUUAGAUAUAUUGGCUGUUCAUGCAACAUUCAGGAGGGAUGAUGCAUAAUGUAUUUUUUAAGACCACAACAUUUUUUUAAGACCACAAAUUAGAAACAUUUCCAAGCACCUAAGUUCAGGGUCUCUUAUGUGUUUUCGGCUGACAGUAAGGUAUUGGAGCUGGAAGAGCUUCAGUGCAGCUAUGCCGCCAGCACCCAGGAGCUGGAUGAGCUGUGCAGCGCCAACCAGAGGAAGGUGCAGGGACUGCAGCGGGAGAACGAGGGCAGCCUGAAGAAGCUCCAGGAGACGGCCGAGCAGUUUGAGUGGCUGUGUGAACAGCAGCGCUACUGGAUGUGCUGUGUCAAGAGGUAGCUAUGCUCUACCAUCACUCUGUUGCCAUUGGUUAUGUAGCAGACAGUGGAUAACCCCAGAUUUAUUCUCUGAAUGAAACCUCCAGAUUCAAAGAAUGCCUGUCAGAGGAGAAGGACGCUCUGCGGCAGCAGGUGAAACGGUUGGAGAAGGAGGUAGCAGAGCUGAGGAAGAGCUCACAGGGCUCAGAGAGCCCCUCCCAGAUGCUGUGUCUCCCCCUAGAGGACACAGUCAGCCAGCACUGUGACAGGUAUCAGCAAUUUGUCCUCAAUGACCAGAUCAGUUUUUCUUCCUCAGUCAUACCAUUAACAGUCAGUUUUGUGUGACACAGCAAAACAGGCCCCAUAACAGUUAUCUCAGACAUAGCUGAUGUAUUUGGUAACACAGCCUUUUCUCAAUCCCACAUGUCCAUGAGAACUUAUUCCCUUCCCUUUCCGAUUCUGCAGAAUUCCCUCAUGGGAAUCAGAUGAGAUGGCUGACCUGCAAACCCAGGUGGACAAAUGGAGGAAGCUGUAUGAGGACCUCUUCAGCCAGUUCACACCCCACCAAGUAAGCAUAGCCUACACUACCUUUGUCCGAACCAUGGGCCAUGGUCUUCGAACCAUGGGCCAUGGUCUUCAGGGGCUGCGUCUUGCUGCGUGUUGCCAAUCAGUGAGUUUGAUUGCUAGUCCACUUGCUGGAUUUAGAAUGAGAAGGUACAACUAAUCUCCCCUAACUACAGACGGGAGUUGUGCAUCACUGAUCUAAAUGGACAUGGCAUGAGUAAUAUAACUGCCUAGGAUCUGGGGAAUCGUAUGAACCUUAAUUUCUUGGGCAUGGAUUUCUGUCUGGUUUUCUCAGUCAGUCUGUGCUAUGCAUGGAUGUGUUCCAGGCAAUGGGGUGCUCUUCCAAACCAAGGGAACGAGAUGACUAAUGACUGGAGGAGGUGUUUGCCAGUGGUCUCUGUGCUUUGUUCCCUUUUGACUAGCUCUGGAGUGCACAUUUUGAGAUCAUUAUUCUGAUUGAGUGCAGAUGAUGCAGGCAGCAGUCUCUAGUGAGCCUGAGAGAAGAGGAAGUUAGCCGAAGCAAUAGGGACUGCCGGAGGAGACAUAUAGGACGUGAGACAAGCGACCAUGCUUAAAUGCAUUACUGUUUUAUGAAUUUUAUAGUUGAUUCACACACCAGAGAACAGACUCAUGUUAUGACUCUUACAUUUGAGGGAGAUAAAAAUAUCAUACCGUUACUUACAUGAAGGUUCGGGGAGGGAGCAGAUGUUGAAUUUUCCAGAAUGUUCUCACUGUAAAUUGUGUAGGCCUUGUGUGUGUGUGUGGUUUAUGUUCAUUGCCUUUUGGCCGGACUCACCUAUAGUUUAUUUUGCGUUCUAAGGGGAGGCACGCUGUUGGCGGAUACCAAAACCCUCCCUGAGGUCAGAAGACCAUGAAAUCUAUCUAUUUUUCUUCAACCCAGUGGAGGCACUCCUAACGUUCUAUUGUUUUUGUCUUUGUUUUUUUACCUGUCUUGAAACCACUGCAUGACCAUGACUGUACUGGAGAGUGAUUUGCAACUUUGCCACAGUCUAUUGUCUAUCCUUUGUUAUGGCCCUGCACAGUGUUUUCUUGUUUGGACACACUUUCCUGUCAUUGUCUAUUUUCAGACACACUGGUGGAACAUAGUAAAUCAACAAGUAAAAACGUAUAAAAACACAGAAUGUCUUGUU